CAUAACAUCACGCAUCUGCCCAGUUGGACAGCGUCUUUUCGCGGGACGACAGAGCGAUGGAGAAGGUGAUACUGACACCGCGUCUCAAGCUGACCUUGCUCGAGUCGCACGAGGACGGAUCGGACGACGUGAGACUCGUGCACGCGGUGAGGAGCAAUGAACUGGCAACACAGUGGAGCGUGCUCGGCGCGUCGAAGACGGUCGAAGAUUCAGCGAAGAUCCUAAAGGACAUGCUGCCUUCCGACGCCGGAGAAUGGAACCGGUACAAGGCGCCGUACGCGGUGCAUCUGCGGCGCAGAAAGGAGGGAGUAGACGGUGCUGAGGGCACGGCUGCGGAGAUCAGGACGGACGAGGAGGAAACUGAGGUGAUUGGAUUGAUCAGCCUCAAGCCAGGACAGACGGUUCCGCUUCGCGACGAGUUCACCACGAGGACAGACCCGGCGUCUGGCGUGCUGCGGCUCGAAAUUGGAUAUCUCUUUCUCCCUACUGCAUGGGGCCACGGCUAUGCCACCGAAGCCUGUGCUGCGUUGCUGCGCGCGUGCACGACGUCAAGGCUCGCCUUUGCUCCGUUCACCAGGCUAGUUAUCGAGGCCGUGGUGGGCGAUGCAAAUGCAGCCUCAAGGAAGGUCGUUCAGAAGGCAGGCAUGAAACAAGUCGGUCUGAACGAGUGGGACGGUGAACCAGUGUUCCUUGGUGGAGCAUGGCAGGAGCCCCGAGUAUGGGUUUAUCGCUACGAUGCGUUUGAGUAGAAUGAAAGAUGGUUCGAGUGUAGACUGCACGUGCAACGCCCAUCCUCAAGUUGAUAGACCGUGUCAACGUACAGCGUCGCAAGAUAAAUGAGUACAUGCCUCGAGACGGGCGGGUGCUAUUCCGCAAAAGGCCUCGAGUGUGCGGAUAGUUUCGCGCAAAAGUUAAUCUCGCGUUGUCACUUGGCUGGAAUCUGAUAGCGCUGAGCGCUGAGGCAGACAUAUUCGACGAUCCUUCGAGAAGCCAAAUAAAAAAAAAAACAAAAAAAAAAAAA